AUGGGAUCGUUCGACGGAUUAACUGAAAGUAAAUUUGUAGACGACAUGAGUCAUUUUGACACAAAACAAGACGAAAAUAACUCUAAAAAAUUCGAAAUUUCGUCUUUCGAAGGAAUCUCAACUUUUAGUGAGAAUAUGAAGCUCAGUGAUAGAGUUGAAGAUAACGAUAAUAAGAUGGUAGGGGGAAUAAGCGGUGAACCCCUCAAAAUAAAACCAACUGUAGAAGAUUAUCAAUUUGAUGAUAGAGAAAAUUGUAAUUGGUCAUUAGAGGUCAGAACCAGCAUUAACACAACAAGAACACAAGAAGAAGGCAAUGGUAUUGGAAACGGAGGCGAAGAUUGUGAAACGGUCAAGGGAAUUUCAGAUAGUCCCGAUCUGAUGAAUUUAACACCUGAUCCGGAAAAAAUAUGUUCUGAUUUUAAAAAUUCGACACCAGAAGAGGAGAGAUCUGAAAAUGUAUCAGAACCAGAAAUUAAAAAAUCAAAUGUUCCAGAAAAUUCAGAGCAAGAAUUAUCCAAUCCAGAACCAGAAAGUAUCAUUGAAUGUGAAAGUAGUGAAAAUUUAGAAAAAAAGAUGAUAAAAUCAAAAAAUCAGUACGAACAGGAAGAUGAUGAAAAUGAAGAAAUCCAAGAGGAAUCCAAAGUAUGCAGUUCAAAUGGAAAUUGGGGAAAUGUAGAUGAAGAAAAUUUUGACAACGAAGAAAUAUUCAGUUUACAAGAUGAACAACCUUUAACAUCCAAUAAUAGAAGUAUGUUUGAAAGCAAAGAAUUCAAAGUGAUUGAAGUCACAGAAAAAACUACACCUACAAGCCAAUUGGAUGAAAAGAACGGUUCAAAAGCCACAGGGGAACCAGAAGUGAUUGUUUCAAGUCCAGCAGUAACAUACCAUAGCCCUGAAAAUGAAUUUUCAAGUCCAGUAGAUGAAGAUUACGAGAAGAUUAGCUCAUUUAACUCAUACCAAUACAACUCUUACGAGCCUGGAUUGGAAGUAACUGAGCAUGAAAUAGAUGUAAUGGCAUGUGAAGAUGAUCAGGACGAUGAGCUAAAAACAAUCAAAAAAAGGUCAAUGAACGAGAAUAUGGUGUGCUACAAGAAAGAAAACUCAAUCACCAUUAUUUCCAGGAAUGACUCGAUCAAUCGCCUGGACAAGGGUUGCAAGUCUGAAUGUAAAAAGGUAGAUAGGUGGGAGGAUAGUGAAAUUAAUUCCAGUACUACAAUUGAGAUUGAGGAGGGAGAAACAGAAACAAAGGCUACGAAAACAAGGAAGGCAAUUCAGAAGUUUAACACAUUCUUUUCAGCUGUGAAGUGGGCCUUUCUGAAAAGUUCUUUGUUGUUUCUGGUUUUCUUCUGGCUCAUCUCGAUGAUAUAUGGGUCACUGAGUCUGAGUUCAAAUGACUGGCUGGUGAACACAGUUGCGUACAAAUGCGGUGAAAUCACAGGCCACAGUUACACGUUCUUGGGGCCUUAUGGACUCAGUAGAAAGGACAUUGCAUACCUGAAGGAUGGAGCUAAAUUAACACUCACGAGGGGUCUAAUUUAUUACAAUGAAAUUAUUAACAAGGGGUACAAGGACCCGGAAGAACAACCUCCAAAUCGAGAAGAUGGAGGGGAUCGAGGAAAAUGUUUAGUUGGUGAUGAAGGCAAACUUGAUGAUUCGGAGUGUGAACUUCCAGCUGAUUUAUCAAUGAGGCAUGAAGGUGGAAUGGAAUUAUCCUCAGAUGAGGAGAAGGCGAGGAGGAUAAUAAUGAGCACUAACGAGAAAAUUAACAUUUACUCCCAGUGCGGCCACGAGAGGAAAUUCAUCAAGAAGUCAUGCUGUUUCAGAGAUAUGUGCGCUGUAGGCAACUUAAAUGAGAGUGACACAAGCUACUUCAAGUCACUGUACGGACCAACGGUUUACGACAUCCAUUACAGCGAGUUUGAGAACUUUGACAAGGGUGGACAGGCAAUCUGGUACACGGGAAUAGUUUCACUGAUCUUUCUUUUCCUGGCCGUUGUAAUGGUCUCUGAAAGACUAAUGAACGACAAGGUCGAGCUCACAAUAAGACUCGCCAUGAGAAACAUGGCAAACAUCCUGUGGAUAAUCAGCGUUUUCCUCUCAGUCACUGCCUUCUUCCUCUGGCGGUAUUUCUCUGGCGGAUCAGUCUGCGUUGACGAGCUUGGAAAAUCUAGACCCUGCCAAUACUACUACGCAACCUACUUUUUCCUUAUACACAUCUUCUCAAGCUUACUUGGGCUAGUUUCUUACACUGCUAAUUGCAUCGCCGGAUCACGCAUAGUAAACACCAUUCGCAGAAUCUAA